CGCUGGUUCUACUCCGGUGAGUACCCCGUCCCCCGGCGGCCAAGCCCGGCCCUCGCGCGGCAGUGUAGGAAUCGAGCGUCUCCGUAUCACUCCCACGCAUUCCUGAAGGCAUCCCUGGAGAGAUGGCACGCCUCUCGAAUAGUCAAGACUGGCGUCGGAGGUGAUCAGUCGGCCGUGGGAGCCCAGAGGAGGCGCCAGACCCAGCGCAGUAUUCAGGAAAGACCUCUCACAGUAUUUCCCCAUCCUUCACCUCCUCCCCUCUAAAUGGUGUGAGUGCCAUCUGCUUUAUCUCCAGAAGAGAUCCAGAAUCUGACCACUGAACCCUGCCUCCACUCCGCUGUGAGCCCCCAUGAUUGCUCACCCGGCUCAUUGGAGAAGCCAUCUCACCGGUCGGCUGUGUCUGCUCUUUGCCACUCUCCACCCUGUAUUCACACCAGUAGCAGGAUCCUGUUAAAAUGUAAAUCAGAUCUUGCCACUCCACAGCUUAAUAACGUCCAGUGGUUCUCAUCUCAUUAAGAAUAACAUCCAAGGUCGUUUGGAUUUGCUACCGACUCUAUCUGGAACCUUCUCCCCACCGUGGUCAUCUAAUGCCCGAUUCCUCCUCCAUUCUGGCCUCAGCUCAGAGGAUAAUACCCUCACACGGCUCCUCAGAUUUGUAAAGAGAAGCCCGCCCGCCCGGCCCACGCGAUGCCCGCCCCGCAGUGCGCCUCCUGCCACGCGGCCCGCGCCGCCCUCCGCCGCCCGCGCUCCGGUCAAGCCCUGUGCGGCGCCUGCUUCUGCACCGCCUUCGAGGCCGAGGUGCUGCACACGGUGCUGGCGGGCCGCCUGCUGCCGCCCGGCGCCGUGGUGGCCGUGGGCGCCUCGGGUGGCAAGGACUCCACGGUGCUGGCGCACGUGCUGCGCGCGCUGGCGCCGCGCCUGGGGGUGUCGCUGCAGCUGGUGGCGGUGGACGAGGGCAUCGGCGGCUACCGGGACGCGGCGCUGGCGGCCGUGCGGCGCCAGGCGGCGCGCUGGGAGCUCCCGCUCACCGUGGUGGCCUACGCAGACCUCUUCGGCGGCUGGACGAUGGACGCCGUGGCCCGCAGCACCGCCGGCUCCGGCCGCAGCCGCGCCUGCUGCACCUUCUGCGGGGUGCUGCGCCGCCGCGCGCUGGAGGAGGGGGCGCGCCUCGUGGGAGCCACGCACAUCGUGACGGGCCACAACGCGGACGACAUGGCGGAGACCGUGCUCAUGAACUUCCUGCGCGGCGACGCGGGCCGCCUGGCCCGGGGCGGGGGCCUGGGCUCGCGGGGCGAGGGGGGCGCCCUGCCGCGCUGCCGCCCGCUGCAGCUGGCCUCGCAGAAGGAGGUGGUGCUGUACGCGCACUUCCGCCGCCUCGACUACUUCUCCGAGGAGUGCGUGUACGCGCCCGAGGCCUUCCGCGGCCACGCGCGCGAGCUGCUCAAGCUGCUGGAGGCGGCGCGGCCGUCGGCGGCGCUGGACCUGGUGCACUCGGCCGAGCGCCUGGCGCUCGCCCCGUCCGCGCGGCCCCCGGCCCCCGGCGCCUGCUCCCGCUGCGGGGCGCUGGCCAGCCGCGCGCUCUGCCAGGCCUGCGCGCUGCUGGACGGCCUGGCCCGCGGCCGGCCCCGCCUGGCCAUCGGCAAGGGCCGCCGGGGCCUGGACGAGGCGGCACCGCCGCCCAGAGACGCGGGCCCUGCCGCGGGUGCAGAGCAGGGCGGCGAGUAAACAGUUCCCUGCGCCGGGCUGCGGGCGAUUCUGGCGGAUGGAGCCGGUUCCCUGUGGCCCCGCGGAAGCCGGGGGCGCGCCCGCUGAGGCCAGGGAGGAGGCGGCUGCGGCCGGAGCCCUGCGCCCCAGAGAGGGGCCCGAACAGUUUUCCGUCCCGGAUCCAGUGGGAACCAUGGGGCUGCUUGUCCAGCCCCUCUGCGGUGUUCUCGGCUGCUAGGAUGGACCUCACCCUUCCCGGGCACCUGCUGUGUGCCUGGUGUCAUGUUUUCCUGCAGUGGGGUAAGCAGAAUCCGAGACCUGAGGCAUUGACCGACCACGAUGCUUCCCUUGGAGUCUGCGCCGCCACCGGCUGGUUUCAGGCUCACCGCGACCUCGUUGGCUCUGCUGAGGUUCCCUGACUAGCCCGAGGCCCCCUAGCUGGAGAGGGUCUGGACUGGGGGCCACAUCUGUCUGCCUGCAGCUCUUCGAAACGGUGGAUUUGUUGCCCUCUCUCCUCCCACCCAAUCUCCCCUGGUGUCUGUGUGACGGGUGGGGAGCACUGGUGACUCCGCAGGCCUCGGAUCCUGGAGGCACAGCUGGGUGAGCCUGGGUCAGUGACUUAACCUCUCUGGUCUUUCAUUUCCACCUCAGAAAAUGGAAUCAGAGCUCCCCAUCUAAGCAGUUGUACUUGAUAAAGUGCUUAAUAAAUGGGACCCACGUCA